AGUUUUCUGAAUUGUGAUAACGCGACGUGAUGGACGAGCUCAAUGCGUCCGGCACCUUCGAGCAGUUGCUCGACGAUACAGCGCCCACGAUAUUGGAUUUCAUAGACGCGCUUGAAGGUAUGGACGCGAAGGCCGACGCGCUACCGAUGGUCUCAAGGGUGCAGGUGAUGGAAGAUAUUAAACCGAAGACUAGGACCAAGUCGAAUACAUGGAGGCAACGUCAGAGAAUGGAAGUGCUGAGACUGCGGGACGAAGUGAAACACCUCGAUACGGAGCUAAAGAAGAUAAAGCUGGCAGCAGGGGUGCGCUCCACUGUACCGCUAAUAGAAGGAGUCACCAUCAUUGCAGCCGCUCAAAGAAAGCGACCGGCAGUGAAAAAGCUACUAGGAGAAUCGUGGCAAGAUGCCGCUUCUCGUGAGUCACUGGCUCGUCAAAUAGCGAGCGUCGACAACGAACGAUUACACAAGGUCUUGCACACACAGGUGAAACAUGCUCGGAAACUACAUCGGAUGAUAACGCAACAAAUGACUACAACCGUUGUGGCUCAAGCGCUUGGAUGCCGCCCUGCAUUUUGUGGAAAGGAAGGUCGUCCCCCAACAGAUAAUGAUGUGGUGUUCCAGAAGCUGCUCGCUGAAAUGGACGAACAUCGUGGAAACGUCAGCAGCAUUUUCACGUCAGAUACAACUGACCAAAAGCUCAGUAAGAAAGAAGGUCACGUAUCGAUCCAUUGCGUUCGUGGGCUGCAGGUGCAGCUUGUGAAUAGGUAUACCCUGCCGUUUAGUGUGGAAGCCACAGAACGAGCGAUUUGGCACGUUUUAACGGACAAGGAGAGCAACGACAAGAACAGCCGAGUGGCUUACAACGAGUUGUUUGAGUUUGACAGUAGCACCACCUUACAGAGUGUACGUACAUUUAUCGUGGCGGGUCCAUAUGAGCUAUGCUUUCUCGUACGCAAGGGAUGCCGCAAGUAUCAAAAGGGCGAUCGGAUGCACUUCGUGGUGCAUGAAACAUCUAUCGUUAGUACUCGUUUUGGUGCCGGCGUAUCGUACGACGAAGUUGUAUGGCGCACUGUGGUCCAGGGAAGAGAUCGAUCUGGAAUUCCAACUGCGAUCAUUGAAACGCAUGUGCUGGCAACGUUUCCGUCAUAUAAGACACUCAACUGUCUCCCUCCAGAAGGUCUCAAAGGCUUCAGCGACUCGUUGAUGCGAUUUAAUCACAAAACUGAAGACGUGCUCAUCAGCAACGUUACAAGUUGAAGGCCUUUUUCAACGUGAUGCCAAGCAUUUGGCGGGGAGACCGCCGCAGAAGUGCGCUCUCCUUUGUCUUCGGCCCAGCCGAGGACACGGAGAUGCCUGUUUAGAGCAUCGUGGCAAGACGCUGACCCGAACGAUUGCACCUUGCGCAAUUUCACACGACGAUACUUGCCUAUUUUAUCAGCUUGCCUGUAGGGGCCUCUUUCGCUACCAACCAGGUCGAUUUAAGUGCUGACAACACUACAAAAGCUCGCGAAGGCAGGAGCUUAUAAGAAGCCAUGCUGGAGCGAGCUUUUCCCGGCUUCUUGUAAGCUGAAUCCACCUUCUGCAGUCUUCAAGUCCUGUCCUACUUCUAGUUUUCGUGUCGUUACAUAACUUAGCGACGCUAUAAUACCAUGCUGGCUGUACAUGCCAGACUUGUCAAAGAGGGCCACAAUAAUGCCG